AUGACGAUUACAAAAGCAAUGGUUUCUGAUAAAAGUCAGUUUGGUUUCCAUGUUUUUGCCGAUUCGGAUACCAAAAAGCACUUUCCAACCAGGGAUGAAGUUGAAGCUCACUUAAAACUACUUAAAAGCUUUCAACUUCUUCGAAGAUCAAUUGCCCUGUCAGACGACCCUGUUUGUGCAGCCAAAACUUGGCAAGUUUUUGUGACCAAUUCAGGGCGGAGGUUUGUAAUCUAUGUGAGUGCACUCAAAAAGUAUAUGUUUCAGAACUCUGGACCUGAAUAUUAUCCCUUGGAUGAAACGCUGAUGUAUGUCAAAGAAGCAACGAGAAACAAGCGACUAAUUGAUAUCAUGGCAAGUCACCUACCACCCUUAGACGUUCUUAUGGUAUGGCAUGCCUUUGCUUUGAACCCAAAAUCAUUUUAUGAUGCGUUUCUCCGCAACAAUUUCUUGACGUUUGUGUUUAUUCCAUUUCCAUUGCAUUUGAUCAAUGAAGCAAUUGACAACAAUUCCUUACUAUACAAGCCAGAAAUGACAUACGUGGACCAAUUCAACUAUAUCUUAAGCUGUUACGGAGUAAAAAUGGCCUACUACUUUGACGAACCGUUUCAAGCAAAUGCCCAUGUUGUACCGGUGAUGUGCCCCAUUUGCAGAAAAAUAAUAAGUGGAUCUUUGGCUUUAUCAAAUGAUAGCGAUACUGGCUUUGCAGACUCAAACUUCAAGAUUGACGAUGUCAAGCCAUGUUGCGGAUUUCAAGACACUAUCAACCAUGAGCAGUUGCGAAGACGUCAAUUUUAUGCUGAUUUAUCCGACAAAAGAACCUUGCCUUACAUUUACAAGUUCUUUUCUCUCGUUUUGAACUACGGCAACCAGAACCCGUUGGAUUUAGAUGCUUGCAUAAAGAGAGAAAACCUACCGAUUCGAUCUCAACUCAAGACAGAACUGGUGGAGACGUUUAUCAACAGAAACGAGAGAUUCACGUUCAGAAGAAGAUUGCAGAUAAUAGGUCGAAACUACCCACAAUUCAACCUCAUCUACCUCACAAUUCCACGAGAAGAUACAAUCCAAAUCCACGAAGAUCUAGUGGGCUGUGUCGUGAGACAAGGUCGUUUUGUGGAGGCUAUCAACGACCAAGACUGGUACGGGUCCCCCACCAAGGGAGAAGCUAUUGCUGAGUCCAUCUUGCGGUAUCUGAGAUUUAUGAGUCUUUUGGUUCGAUUUGGAACAACUUCGACUUUGGUACCAACCUUGGACAUCGAUCUUGUUUGGCACACUCACCAGUUGAGUCCGUACUUUUAUUUCCUGUGGUGCCUCGACAACAGUAAAGACAACAUGGUGGUUGACCACGACGAUAAGGUGGAGGAGGGCAAUUUGAACGACUGGUUUGAAAGAACCGCAAAGUUGUAUCGGGCUGAAUUCAAGUACGACUACUGUGCCUGUUUCUGCUGGUAUUGCGUUUGUAUACGAAACCAUGCCAAUUCCAAGCUCCAAACUAUUUUUAAUUCUGGGAAACAUAAAGAUGAAACAAAAGCACAUACAAAUCUUUCACACAUAAGUACCCACAAUGCCAUUGCAUUGCCUUUUUCCAAGGCUGAAGAAAGACGCCGUCAAGUGCAACAAAAGUUCAAAGAUCGAUAUUUGCCGUGGACUCUUGAUAACCACCAAAAAAUGUUCUUUGAAUCGAAUCUUUUUGUGGUUCCACCAUUGAACCCAAUCGCAUUAACCACCAAAUAUGUGUGCACAUUUUAUGGAACUGCUUUGUGUCAAGCCGUUGCCCAGGGUUUUGCAGGUUGCAGAGGAGCUAAUUGCAUUUCGGGGCGAUACAAUGGUCCGGUAAAAUGA